AACUAUAAUACAAACAAUGAGUUUAAUUGUAAAAAUUGGAUUGCGUCUUGUUGGAACAACAACAAAGUAUAUUGCAAACAAUAAUACAACAAAAUGUUUACGAUCUAUGUGCCACAUGAGAAAUAGUUUUACUGUUAGUAACAAAAAUUUAAUUACAUCGGGUAAAUCAUAUAAUUAUUGCAAUUAUUUACAAGGAAGAUUACAACAUACUCUAGUUCAAAAAAAGUCUACUGGAUAUUGGAAUUAUUGGAAAAUUAUAAGUACUGUUACAAAAGUAACUAUAAUUGGACCAGCAAUUUUUAUUAUCGUACUUCUUGUUUCGAGUAAAGAAGCUGAAUCCUUUUGGAAAUAUUUAAGCAUGAAAUAUGCUGCUUACAGGGAAUUUUUUAAGUAUUCUAUAAUUCCAUCAAAAAUUAUUACAUCUAGUGUACUAUUUAAUGAUGGUGAAGUAGCAAUAAUAACACCAGAAGAUAACAUUUUUAUUAACGAUAACACACGUGAUUUAAUAAUUGGCGAUGAAUUGGAUGCAAACAUACAAAAACCAUUUCCAAGAGGAAAACCAAUACCAAUAAAAAUUGGUAAAUAUAAUGGAUUACUUGAUAAUGGUAAACUAACAUUGAAAACACAAGAAGGUGAUAAAACAUUUACUUUCCAUUAUGAACUGGGCCUUGAAGUAAAAAAAACGACUAAACGUUUACAAAAUAAUGCUAAUGAAGAAGAAGAAGAAGAAGGAGAUGGAGAUGAAACAAUAAAAUCAGAAAUGAAACAAUUUAAUAUAUAUUAUGGAAGUAUUAUAACAACAUUAAAAACACCAGAAGGCGAAAGAAUGUUUGAGAAGAUGCCCAUCAUUCAGUCAAUGAUUGAAAAAAAAAGGCUUGAUAUUCCACAAAAUAAAGUUACUGAUAAUAUAACUAACAAUUUUAAUGUAUUAUCUGAUAGUGAAGUAAAAUUGCAAAAAGAACAAAGUAAUGAAGUAAGCACUCACCAUCUUCAAACUGAACAAAUAAUCACUAAAAAUUUACAAAGUAAAGAGGCUCAUGAUCACGAAGAUUCAGGUAACACCACAUGUUUUUCAAUGACUGGAAAUUUUAAUUUAUCACAUCAUGAUAAAGUAAAAAUACAAAAGCAAGGAAGUGAUGAAGUUUAUUGGUUCAAAAACAGGCUGAAUAUUGAAGUUGAUAGUCAGCUGGAUGAAAAUUUACAAAAUAAAAUUCUUGUUGAAAAAAAAUUGCCAGCAGAUAAGACAAUACCAUCAGAAAUAAAUAAAUUAUAUAUAGAAUUUGUAAGUGGUUAUAUACUUUUCAAAACACAAGACGGUGCUAAAAUUAUUGUCGAACAUGUAUUUUCCGUUGGGGUUGCCGAAGACGGUGCAGCAACAAGUAUUGAAAUAUCCCCAGUAUUGAGCGUUGUAUCAUAA